AAGCGGAAGAACUCUAGUUUGUUUGUGGCGGAAGCAGCAGUAGGAGGUGUCCGUUGUCAGAAGGGUGUGUUGUGUUAGUUUGAUUAAAGUGUCGGAGAAACUGAAUGUGUUGAUAAAGACGGAUCCGAGAUGUACUACUAUCGAUAUGAGAGUGCUGAGAUCAGCUGCUGCUACAAAUACUUGAUGUUCAGUUACAACAUCAUCUUCUGGCUGGCUGGAGCUGCCUUCAUUGCAGUUGGUUUCUGGGCAUGGAGUGAAAAGGGAGUCCUGUUGGAUCUGACCCAGGUCACCCGGCUCCAUGGCUUCGACCCAGUCUGGCUGGUCCUGGUGGUGGGCGGAGUCACCUUCAUCCUGGGCUUCGCCGGCUGUGUGGGAGCACUGAGAGAAAACAUCUGUCUGCUCAAGUUUUUUUCAGGCGUGAUUGGCUUCAUCUUCAUCCUGGAGCUGACGGCGGCUGUGCUGGCGGUGGUUUUUCAGAGUCAGGUCAGAGAGUGGAUCAACGACUUCUUCCUGGCAAACGUCAAAGCGUACAGAGAUGACAUUGACCUGCAGAACCUCAUCGACUCUCUGCAGAGGAUGAACCACUGCUGUGGAGCUCAGGAACCGGACGACUGGGACCUGAACGUUUAUUUCAGUUGUAAUGGGACUCAUCGCAGUAGAGAGAAGUGUGGAGUUCCUUUCUCUUGCUGCAUCACCGAUCCUGCCGAUUCGGUGGUGAACACUCAGUGUGGCUACGAUGUGAGAAACAGACCAAAGAGGGACUGGAGUGAUCAUAUCUACAUCAAAGGUUGCAUCGCUGCAUUGGAGGACUGGUUACCUGGAAAUCUCUACACUGUGGCCAUCGUCUUCAUCGUCAUCUCUCUGCUGCAGAUGGUGGGGAUCUACCUGGCCAGGACUCUGAUCUCUGACAUUGAGAAGGUCAAAUUCAAUUACUGAAGCCACACCUGCAGGAGCCUCUACCUGGGGGGGCGGAGCCACGACCUGGCAUGACUGGACCAGGUCUCUACAGCCGGCGUGCCUUCUUCUUCUUCAUCUUCAUCUACAGUAACUGCUGUGUCUGCCUUCACUUCAUGUCAUCAGUUCAGUCUUCUUCUGAUGAUUGCGUUGCUAUGGAAACUGAUAACACGGCUUUCUGCUGAAUUGCGGAGCCCCCAAAGUCCUGAAAGGAGAUGUUUAUUCUUCCUGUGUGGACGAUACAUCUAAUGACCUCCAGUUAAGAAAUAAACUGUGUCGUUGUGAGAAUGUCACUUCCUGUAUUUGUGUGUUCGUUGACCUGUGCCUGCUCACCAGACUGCCUUUCCUGCAGUUUUCAACUGAACACUGCAUCUUCAGGACUUUUUCUACUCUUUCGGUCGUCUUUGUGAAUGUUUACUGAACCAGUGUGACCUUUGACCUGAUGGACAUGGCUUCAUCAUCAUCCUCAUCAUCAUUUUCAGGCUGAACUCAGGUCUUCAUUUGCUUCUUUCCGUCUCUGAACAUCAUGUGAAUGAAUAUUUUCUUGAUGAAUCAAUUAUCCAACAGAAAGUAUAAAGUCAGUUUCUUGUUUUCUCCAAAACUCAGAGAUUCAGUUUUUGUGCGUAAAACAUCGGACACGCUGCAGAAACUGACACCAAAGAAGAAGAGUUUAUAUUUGAUAAACGACUGAUUAUGAAACAUCUGACUCCAGCUGGGCCAAUCAGAGAAGGACAUGUUAGUGAUGGUGGUGCUGCUCAGCAGGUGUUUCAUGCUGUUCAAAAAGGAUGUUAACUCUAGACAUGAACACAUAAAUCCAAAUUAUUGAUCAUAAUAUCAGCUCGUUUCAGAUCGAUCGGUGUCGGGUUUGAUUGACAGGUUUUCACCCUCAGUUUGUAGGAGUUCAAACACUGACAAGCAUCAUGAAUGAUAUUAUGGAAAAUGUUUAUUUGUUUUUUUAACUCACAGAUGUCAGCAGAAAACAACCCCCCCGCUCACUGGACUCUCUUUAUUUCCCCAGCACGACAAAGUGAAGCUAACAGAUAAACUUGUUUUUGAAGCGAGGCCAUCUGUGUGUUUAGCAGCAGCAAACAUUGAAACAGAAACAAACUGAAGUUUAAUCAGUUUCAGACACACACUGAUACCAGGACGGAGAACCUGACACUGGAUUCAUGCUAACAAGCUUUGAAUGAUUAAAGUUUUUUUAAAAUGUUUUGUAUGUAUAAAGAUUUCAGCUUGUUUAAGCCAAUCAGAUCAAAAUACAGAAAAGUUCUUUCAAUUUUAUGCUUGAAGUUUCUUUCAUGAUUUAAUGAUUUCAGUUUUUCAGACUAACCUUAUUCUGAAGGAAUUGUUUUUUAUAAAAGUGAAUUUUUAUGUCUUUUUAUAUUCAACAAAAUAAAAAGUUUGGUCUGA